ACUAAUCAAAACAGUGCAGAAAAUACUCGGUGUAGUUUUAUUCAGGUGCUACAGAUGACGUGGAACUGUGUUUUUACUCUCUAUUGUGAUUCUUUUUGUCCAUGAUGCAAUUUUCACAGAAAUAACUAUUUGACAUCAAGGGAUACAAGUCUAGUUCACACUGUCUUAGCAUAAUAUCUAUGACUAUGACAACUAGAUAUGCAUUUCUAUAUUUUUUAUUCAAUCUCUUUAUCAUUUCAUAAUAAUGAAAACAACUUCGCAAAUCGCUCCAUGUCUCUGCUGACCCCCAGUCAUGUCGCUGCUGACUCCCAAUCACGCGGACGACGAGAAAAAGCGUCGUGGUCCAAGCAUUGCCGUAGAGUAGAUCGAUCUGGGAGCGAGAGAGGACGGAAAACUAAAGAGUGCGACUUAGAAAGCGAGGGAGAGGAGACAUUAACUUCACGUCGCUUUCGUUGAAGGAAAAGACGGGGGAAAGAGUGUCAAGUCGUAUUCAGAAACGCUUUCCCCGAAUACCGAAGAAGGAAGACAUUCAACAAAUACAGCAGCUAUCAAUACGCAUUCUUUGAAUGUGUAACAUACAAGUAAUUUUAACGGAGCAAUGAACAUUUCUUGCUGAAGGAAGACAUCUAAGGACAUUGGGAACCAAAAAGGGAACUCGGAAAAUUUUGCGACGUAAAAAACGAAGAUAAAAUGAAGCUUUUUAAAAGGAAACAUUAGGAAAUACAUAAAAACCAACUGCUUUAACGUUUCCUGAACAGAAGAAGGAGGUCAGUUUAUGACUUAAUAAAGUGUGGAGAGAAAGAAAUAAAUAUCUACCGCCUGGAGUUGGCCAGUCAUCACAGUGAGCAAAGGGGAGGGUCAUGACCAAGUUGCCAUGCGUGUCGCCACGGUGACCAACAUUUGCAGCCCCUCCCCCCUCCUUUUUGUGCUAGUCCAGCUGCUCUUGCAGCUCCUCCCUCCUGGACCAGAGCUGGCUGUAGCCAGCUCUGCCUGUCCUGCUCCUUGCAGCUGCUCCAAUCAGGCCAGUCGAGUGAUCUGUACAAGGAGGAAUUUGGAGGAGGUGCCUGAAAGUAUAUCUGUCAACACGCGAUACCUCAACCUACAGGAGAACUCAAUACAGGUGAUAAAGUCUGACACGUUCAAGCACCUGCGGCAUCUGGAGAUUCUGCAGCUCUCUAAAAACCAGAUACGUCAAAUUGAGGUAGGGGCCUUCAAUGGCCUCCCUAACCUCAACACUCUUGAGCUGUUUGACAACCGCCUCACGCUAGUCCCCUCCCAGGCAUUUGAGUACCUCAGCAAGCUGAGGGAACUGUGGCUGCGGAAUAAUCCCAUUGAGACCCUGCCUGCGUAUGCGUUCCACCGCGUGCCCUCCUUGAGGCGGCUGGACUUAGGGGAACUGAAAAAGUUGGACUACAUCUCCGAAGCUGCCUUUGAGGGACUCAUCAACCUGCGUUACCUGAAUCUGGGCAUGUGUGGACUUAAGGACAUACCUAAUCUCACACCAUUGGAGCGCCUUGAGGAGCUGGAGCUUUCGGGGAACCGGCUGGAAAUCAUCCGGCCGGGUUCCUUCCAAGGGCUCGUGUCACUGCGCAAGCUUUGGCUCAUGCACUCUCAAGUGUCGGUCAUCGAGCGGAAUGCCUUCGACGACCUCAAAAACCUCGAAGAGUUGAAUCUUUCUCACAACUCUCUUCACUCUCUUCCCCAUGACCUCUUCACCCCACUUCACCAACUGGAACGGGUGCAUCUUAAUCACAACCCCUGGGUGUGCAACUGUGACGUUCUGUGGUUGAGCUGGUGGCUGAAAGAGACGGUACCCAGCAACACUACCUGUUGUGCCCGCUGUCAUGCUCCACCAGGGCUAAAGGGCAGGUAUAUUGGGGAGCUAGACCAAAGCCACUUCACCUGCUACGCCCCUGUAAUUGUUGAGCCCCCGACAGACCUGAAUGUCACUGAGGGGAUGGCAGCGGAGUUGAAGUGUAGAACCGGUACAUCCAUGACCUCAGUCAACUGGCUUACCCCCAACGGCACCCUCAUGACCCAUGGAUCUUACAGGGUUCGAAUCUCAGUGCUGCAUGAUGGCACGUUGAAUUUCACCAACGUCACAGUCCAAGAUACAGGCCAAUACACUUGCAUGGUGACCAACUCUGCGGGCAACACCACGGCAACAGCAGUGCUCAACGUGUCCGCCUCAGACGCCAGCAACAGUUACAGUUAUUUCACGACUGUCACAGUGGAAACGACGGAGACCGGUCAAGAGGAACAUUCCGCCCGCCAGUACAUCAAUGAAACCUUUGUUGGAAUUCCUGGUCCCACAAUGCCAGGGGAAGUUUGGGGUAUGACCACAACCCUGUCCACCACCUCUUCUGUUUCGUCACCCUCGAGGUCCUCAUCCCAAGCCACCGUGUCACCCGAAAAGGCUUUUACAGUGCCAAUAACUAAUAUCCCUAAUAUAUCUGGUCUGGAUGAUGUGAUGAAGACCACAAAAAUCAUCAUCGGCUGUUUUGUUGCCAUUACGUUCAUGGCAGCAGUCAUGUUGGUCGUCUUCUACAAGCUGAGAAAGCAGCACCAGCUUCACAAACACCACGGCCCAGCACGGGCCAUUGAGAUUAUCAAUGUUGAGGAUGAAAUUGCAACCGGAGGAGGAAACGGAGUUGGUGGCAGUGGGAUUUCUGGGGGCUCUACUGUACAUGGAGGUGGUGGAAGCAGUGGAGGAGGGCAAAGUUUAAGAUUGCACCAUCCAGAAAUCGUCAACCUUCCCAAUUUAGUGAGAGCAGAGCAUCUUAACCAUUACUACAAGGCACAUCAUUUUAACAAUAAUGUCAUGGGAAUGGGAAUUGGGACAGGGACUGGUGGCGGAGUUUCUGGGCCUGGAGGAAUUCUCAACAAUAAUAACAAUCCGGCGUCUCUUUCUUUGCCUUCUCAGACCCCAAUUUCAUGUACACAAGUCCCGAUCUCCUCUAAUUUGCAGACCACAUCUGGGAGCAACAUUAACCCCAAUUCCAACACCAUGUCAUCCCCCCUCCCUCUGCCCCUCCCCUUUCCACCUUUGAGUUUACACGCAUCUCUAAAGGGUUUAAUGGGUCAGAGCCAAAACCCGCAAAUUGAACCACUUCUGUUUAAGAAUAGCUCCAAGGAAAAUGUACAAGAGACUCAAAUAUGAGUAGCAUGUGCAGAAAGCGAGAAAGGAUUUUAAGGGCCGUGUUUGUUUUAAACCCUAGGCUGUAUUCUGAAAUCAGAAAGCACACACAAAUGAUUAGACAACAUUGUCCAUUACAUUUAAUUACAUGAUACUAAGAAUGAGACAGUUGUCAAGGAAAAAAAAACUAUAAAGAGGAGUGAACAAAGGAUGCAGACAUUAAGUGGACAGUUCCGUACACAUUAAACUAUACCAAGCCAAGAAUUAUCACAGAUAUACUUAAUGUAAAAAGGUUUCUGUUUUAAUUAAUGGCAAUGGACGUGAAGUAUGUAAUGGGAACUGCUACAGCAAAAUCUGUGCCAAAGCAAAACCUUCCUCAUCAAUUUUGUAUCGAUAUCCAAACAUACAGAUUAUAGAUAUUGAUAUUAAGUUUUCUCCACUGUGUUUUUGCCACAGUUAAGAUGUGCAGAGUACACAACAGUAGUACCAAUACAGUAUUUAUUUUCUUAACUGUUGCAGGAGCAAAUAAGAAUUUACAAAGCAAUUGAAGGUUACUUUUCUCAAGUGCAUAAUAGCAGGCCCUCUCCUGGGAUUUACACAGUGUAAGUUUUUGGGGUUGCAUUUGUUGUAGGAUCCCAGCAUCUUAAAGGCUAUACAAACUGCGGGCCAGCAUCAUUUAGAGCCAUGGUUUGGUACUGCGAUACAGUGCAGGUAUUGUAUAAUCUAGAAAUCUUAUUGUACAGUGCAAAUAAAAACUGUGCAGUGAGACUAUAGAUAUCUUUCAUAUUUUCCGAGGGAAGAUUUGCUUCGAGUGUAACAUCUCCCUUUUUUUAUUCAUGAAGGACGGAUGGAAAAAAUAAGCGAAACAGCAGAGGAUCUUAUGAAAAUACAUAAGAUGUAUAAUAUAUUUUAUUUGUAGGAAGAAUUUGAUAAUACAGUGCAAUCACUGAAGGAUGUUAGAUACACAAUGUUUAGUUAAUAUUAUUAUGGUUAUGAUGGACAGAAGCAGAAUCUUGACAAAUUUCUCUUUAUUGUUGUUGUUGGGACAACAGAUGAGAGAUGGGGAAGUUGACUGGACCAUGGAGUUCAAAGGAAUCAUAUAUAGGAAAAAGAAAAAUUAUUCCAGUUAUGUUGACUUUAAUACAGGGCAUUUGUUAACAGUGGUCAGUCAUCACCCAGUUCCCUAACAUAACAGCCAACAGUAUUUAUAUUUGGGGCCAUUGCAUUGGCAGUGUGAACAUGCUGCUUAGUUGUUCUCCUCUGAAUUCUUCAACCGCUUGAGUUUUAAAGU